UUAUAUAAAGCUGCUUAAACUGAAACACCGAAAAGUCAAAAGUCAAAACCAAGAAGCUGAAACUGCGUUCCAGUCGUGAGACUCAAGCAAUUACCAUGGCGAAGAGGAAGAACACGGAGAACUGUUCCGAAAAUCAAGAUCACAUCAGCAAUGGCUUCAAUGACCUUCCGAUGGAGCUGAUUCGAGAAAUUCUCCUUAGGCUUUCGAUCAAACAACUUGGGAAUCUCAGCUGCGUUUCCAAGCAAUGGCAAACUAUCAUCUACGAUCGCUCCUUCGCAAAAUUUCAUCUUCAAAACUCUCGCUUUUCCACCCGCAGAUGCCUCUUCGUCCUCGAUUUCCAUGCAUACGCUGAAAUCGUGGACCUUGACUCAGUCUUUCACCUCAAUUCCGAUUCAGCCAUGGGAUCUAUAUCUCUCCCAUUCUCUCCUAUGAAGAGGAAAAUUCAUCCUAGGGUUCAUUUAAUCGGUUCCUGCAAUGGCUUGGUUUGUUUACACAGAGAGCCUUAUUCGCUUACCGUAUGGAACCCAACAACCGGUUCCUACAAAGUGUUUUCGUAUUAUCGUCACAUUGUUAGGAAUUCUUAUCCUCUUGAGAAGACUUGGAAUUGUUUAAAGCCUCUUCGGAUCACUCUUCUUUCCGGGUUUGGGUACGAUGAAUCAAAAGAUGACUACUUGGUAAUUGCAGCUUGGAAGGAUAAGAAAGAGGAGAACCACUUUGAUUUCUAUUCACUGCGAAGCCAUUCAUGGAAGAGCUUUGAUGUUGCACUUCCCAACAACACCACUAGGAGGCGAGAUCCUGGGUUGUUCUUCAAUGGGGCUCUUCAUUGGUUGCCUGAAGAUAUUAAUGAUGAUAAAAUUCUUGUCUUUGAUAUCACAAAAAAGAGAUUUUCAGUUAUAUCUAAGCCAGAAAAGGAUGUGAUUUCUUACCAUGCAAAGAUGAUGGUUUUGGGAGGGUGUCUAGCCUUGUAUUUCACAGUGAAAAGUAGCAUCCAUGGUAAGAUAUGGAUCAUGAAAGAAUAUAAAGUGCAUAAAUCUUGGACUCUGUAUAAGAAUCCAAAAGGUUUAUUUCAGCCUCUAUGCGUCUCCAGUGAUGGUAAUCUUGUUGGAUUGAGCGGUAACAGCAGUCUCAUGAAAGCGAGAGCCAAUGUUGAAAGAGAGUUGUCCUAUGCAUCAGGAGUGCACGUUGGUUAUCAUACUUAUGAAGAUCAUAAAAGCAUUAUGUAUACACAGAGUUUCAUGCCACUUCCUAGUGAGAAGAAGAAAAAGAAGAGAGAAGACACGACAUUCAUUGACAUUUUUUCGACACACAAAACAAAAAUAUUUUAAAUACUUUUAUAUAGUUAAAAGAAGACAUUAAAACUAUAA